CAGAACCCUAAAAAUCAAGAACACCGAAGAUCAGUAAAAUGAUUCAAGAAAGCCCAACAAAACCACUCAAAUCACCUCUACCGAUCUUCAUCAUCACACUACUAACACUAUCAAUCACUGCAAAAUCUGAUUCCACCUUACAAGACCCAACUAUACUUCAAGUUACAGAUGAUCAUAACCCUACUCUGAGCAGUAGAAAGUUCUUGGGUACCAAAGUUGAAGAUAAUUUCAAGAUUUUCAUGGCGGAUCAUAACAAGCAAUAUGGAACCAGAGAAGAGUACAUGCACCGCCUUGGUGUUUUCGCCAAGAACGUUAUCAGAGCAGCGGAGCAUCAGGUGAUGGACCCUACGGCUGUCCAUGGCGUCACGCCGUUUAUGGAUUUGACGGAGGAGGAGUUUGAGAGAAUGUAUACUGGUGUUCUUGGUGGUGGAGUGGAUGAACGGAGUGUAACCACUGCGUCGUCGGUUUUGGAGACUGGUGGAUUGCCUGAAGCUUUUGACUGGAGGAAGAAGGGAGCUGUUACUGAUGUAAAGAUGCAGGGAGCAUGUGGUUCAUGUUGGGCUUUCAGUACAACCGGAGCAAUUGAAGGUGCACAUUUUAUUGCAACAGGAAAGCUUCUCAAUCUUAGCGAGCAACAAUUGGUGGACUGUGAUAGAGUGUGUGACAUAAAAGAUAAGACUUCAUGUGAUGAUGGUUGCGGUGGAGGUCUUAUGACGAAUGCAUACCGGUAUUUGAUGGAGGCUGGAGGGUUAGUAGAAGAGAGUACUUAUCCUUAUACCGGGAAACGAGGUGAAUGCAAGUUCGAUGAGAAGAAAAUUGCUGUGAGAGUUGCUAAUUUCACUACUAUCCCAAUUGAUGAGAGCCAAAUGGCUGCACAUUUGGUGCAUCACGGACCUCUCGCAAUUGGAUUGAAUGCCGUUUUCAUGCAAACUUACAUCGGAGGCGUCUCAUGUCCGCUUAUUUGCGGCAAGAGACGGAUAAACCAUGGUGUUCUGCUUGUCGGUUAUGGAGCUAAAGGGUUCUCAAUCCUUAGAUUUGGGUAUCAGCCAUAUUGGAUUUUGAAGAACUCGUGGGGAAAGCGAUGGGGAGAAGAAGGAUAUUAUCGCAUUUGCCGGGGACAUGAAAUGUGUGGAUUGGAUAGAAUGGUCUCUGCUGUGGUAACUCAAGUUUCCUAAAUUCUAUAUAAAUAUAUGAAUGUAUAAUAAUAUAGAGAUGGGAGAAUAAAAGAGAAACUAUUUGUGUGCCAACUUUAUUUGGGAUUCUUGAAGUGAUUUUUGAUUUAUGUAUUGUUUGUU